AAACACACACACACACACACACACACGACCUAGCGUUAGCCACAGCAGCAAGGGCAGCCUCACGGAGUGGCUAACAUUUUAACACACAGAAAAAAAACUUCCACAAUCCAAAAAGCGAAGUAAGUAAGAGCAGGUACCCAAAAUACAUCCAGGGGGUGAAGACAGACAGCUCCACGAUGUUGAACCCGACCAAUGGCGACCCCAGCCAUGUUGUUGUGAAUUAUGUGGAGGAGUAUUUGGACCUGGUGGAAUCGCUGCCUUUUGAUUUGCAGAGGAGUGUGUCCCUCAUGAAAGAAAUCGAUGCUAGGUAUCAAGAUGUUCUGAAGGAGCUCGACGACUGUUACGAACGAUAUCGCCGUGAAUCUGACACGCUUCAGAGGCGAAAGCUUCAGUUAUCUAUUCAGAGGGCGCUGAUUCGCAGUCAAGAGCUCGGAGACGAGAAGAUCCAGAUCGCUGGUCAAAUGGUGGAGUUGGUCGAGAACCGAACGCGACAAAUCGACUGGCACUCUGAACUUCUCCUCUCCUCCUCCCAAGAAGUCCCAGAGAGCCACGUUCCCACAGCAGCGUCUCUGACCCCCACCGCGGCGUCCCUGAUGUCGCCCGCAGCGGUGGCAGCCACCAUCACUCCGGGAAAAACCAGCCACAGCGAGAAGAAGCGCGACGAGGUCACCCCAGGCUCGGGGGGCGGAGACAAAUCUGGGGGGAAGCGCUCGAGGCGUCAGAAAAACGGAGAAACUCGUGAGAGCUACGGCGGUCUGGAGCACGUCGAGGAUGUCGGGGUCGGGGCGUCGCGGGAAAAGAGGGCCAAAACGUCCUCGAAGAAGAAGAAGCGGUCGAAGGGGAAGUCAGAGAGAGAGGUGUCACCUCCAGACCUCCCCAUAGAUCCAGAUGAGCCGACGUACUGCCUGUGCGAGCAGGUGUCGUACGGCGAGAUGAUCGGCUGCGAUAACGAUGAAUGUCCCAUCGAGUGGUUUCACUUCUCUUGUGUCGGGCUCCAUCAUAAGCCGAAGGGGAAAUGGUACUGCCCCAAGUGCAGGGGUGAGAACGAGAAGACUAUGGACAAGGCCUUAGAGAGGGCCAAGAAGGAGCGGGCGUACAACAGGUAGCUCGAUCCAUCGGUUCUGAUUCACAGCGUUGUCUAAAAUAUAAAUCUGUCUCGUCUCUGUUUUCUUUUGACUGUCUGUGUGUUUAAAAAAGGAAAUUGAUUUGAUGAGAGGGAUCUUGUAAAUAGUUAUUUUUGUAACUUGCUGCAUAGCUGAGAACAGGAUUGCUCCCUCAUGGUGUGGGAUUGUUUCUAACAAAAUGGACACAUGUAACCAGCUGUCCUGCACUUACACACCCCCUUUUGUUUUCAUCUUGCAUGCAACAUCAACCCCACUCCAUUUAAUUGUGCUCAAUUAGCCAAAUAAAACAUUUCCAAACAAA